GCUGGCUGGGCCGCGAGGCCGUGCGGCGCUACAUGAAGAACAAACCGGACAACGGUGGCUUCGCCUCAGUGGAUGACGUAUGCUUCCUUGUGCGCCGGUGCAAGGGCCUGGGCUUGCUGGACAACGAGGACUUGCUGGAGGUGGCCCUGGAGAACAAUGAGUUUGUGGAAGUGGCCCAAACGUGGCUCUGUGCUGAUUGCUAAGGGCUCUCGCCCACCUGCUUGUUUCAGUCAUAGAAGGCGAUGCAAUGUCCCCCGACUUCAUUCCCUCCCAACCAGAAGGGGUUUACCUAUACAGCAAAUACCGGGAGCCUGAAAAGUAUAUCGAUUUAGACGGGGACAGCCUAACUACGGAAGAUUUGGUCAGCUUGGGGAAAGGACACUACAAAAUAAAGCUCACUCCCGUGGCUGAGCAAAAGGUACAACGAUCCAGGGAAGUCAUAAACAAGAUCAUAGAGGAAAAAACAGUUGUUUACGGCAUUACUACGGGUUUUGGAAAAUUUGCCAGAACCGUAAUUCCUGUCAAUAAGCUACAGGAACUUCAAGUGAACUUAGUUCGUUCCCAUUCUUCAGGUGUUGGGAAACCAUUCAGUCCUGAAAGGUGUCGGAUGCUCUUGGCACUAAGGAUCAAUGUCUUAGCCAAAGGAUACAGUGGCAUUUCCCUGGAGACCCUCAAACAAGUUAUUGAAAUAUUUAAUGCCUCCUGCUUGCCCUAUGUCCCAGAGAAAGGAACUGUUGGUGCCAGUGGAGACCUUGCCCCACUCUCUCAUCUUGCUCUUGGGCUAAUUGGAGAAGGGAAGAUGUGGUCUCCAAAGAGUGGCUGGGCAGAAGCCAAAUACGUCCUGCAAGCCCAUGGACUGAAACCAGUUGUUUUGAAACCAAAAGAGGGUUUGGCGCUCAUCAAUGGGACGCAGAUGAUCACGUCGCUGGGCUGUGAAGCUGUAGAGAGAGCCAGUGCUAUCGCCCGGCAGGCUGACAUCGUGGCAGCCCUGACCCUUGAGGUGCUGAAGGGCACCACCAAAGCCUUCGAUACUGACAUUCACGCUGUUCGUCCUCAUCGUGGGCAAAUUGAAGUUGCUUUUCGAUUUCGGUCACUCUUGGACUCUGAUCACCACCCAUCAGAAAUAGCAGAGAGUCACAGGUUUUGUGAUCGUGUUCAGGACGCAUACACCUUGCGCUGCUGUCCCCAGGUCCACGGUGUGGUGAAUGAUACAAUAGCAUUUGUGAAAGGCAUCAUUACCACAGAACUGAACAGUGCAACAGAUAAUCCUAUGGUCUUUGCCAGUAGGGGAGAGACAAUUUCUGGAGGAAACUUCCAUGGUGAAUACCCAGCCAAAGCCCUGGACUAUUUGGCUAUUGGCAUCCACGAACUUGCUGCGAUUAGCGAGAGAAGAAUCGAAAGGCUCUGUAAUCCCUCCCUCAGUGAACUGCCCGCCUUUCUGGUGGCGGAAGGUGGCCUGAACUCUGGGUUCAUGAUAGCCCACUGUACAGCUGCAGCCCUCGUUUCUGAGAGCAAAGCCCUGUGCCACCCCUCGUCUGUGGACUCACUCUCCACCAGCGCCGCCACAGAGGACCACGUCUCCAUGGGUGGGUGGGCAGCCAGGAAGGCCCUCAGGGUCAUCGAGCACGCGGAGCAUGUGCUGGCCAUCGAGCUCCUUGCAGCCUGCCAGGGCAUAGAGUUUCUACGCCCCCUGAAAACAACCACUCCGCUGGAGAAGGUCUAUGACCUGGUGCGCUCUGUUGUGAGGCCCUGGAUAAAAGACCGUUUCAUGGCCCCGGACAUCGAGGCAGCACACAGGUUGCUCCUUGAGCAGAAGGUUUGGGAUGUAGCUUCACCUUACAUUGAAAAAUACAGAAUGGAGCAUAUUCCAGAGUCAAGGCCUCAGUCUCCAACUGCCUUUUCACUGCUAUCUCUGCACCAGAAAUCCUCCAAACUUCCAGAGACCGAGGAACUGUAAUGGGCUUUGUCAUAGGUUAGAGCAGAUGGCAUUCAGCUGAACAGAGAGCAGUUCUGUGCUGAAGGAGGGAGCUGGGAACUUGUUCCCCUAAGCCUGACUUGGUUAGGAUGGUAGCAAUAGUAUAGUUGCUCAACCUAGCACAGUGUUCUUGUUCCUGUAGUUUGAGAUGCACUGGGUGUUUUGGGUUAUAGGAGUUUUCUUUCUUUCUUAACAAUAUCAGCAUAGCCAUAAUUACAUGGGUCUGUUUUUUAACUCUUAGCAUUAGAUGAACUCAAAUUUGGAAACAGAUUGAUAGCAUUCUUCUCCAAAAAAUUAGAUUUUAUGAACAUUUUUUUAAAAAUUUGCUUUAAGAAGCUCCUCACCAGUUGACUUUCUUUGGCUGAUUGUACUAUGCCAUAAUAUGGCAAAUGUUCCUCAGUGUGCAUUCAUAAAUAAUCAUUCUAAGUCACGGUUGUUCUGAAGCUACUCUUUCUUCUAUUAGUUGAAUCACAGUAAAGAACAGUCAAUAGGGGCCAGGGAUUUAGCUCAGUGGCUUUGCUGCCUGCUGCGCAAGCACAAGGAACCGAGUUCGAUCUCUGGUACCCGCCCCCCAAAAAAAGAAUAGUCAAUGGGUCUUAAGCCAUUAAAUACAGAGGUGUUAACACGGACAAGAAGUUUUAUGUAGAAAGGAGUACGGAAUGAAUAUAAAGGUUUUGCUAUCUGGGUGGUCCUCGAACUGUGUCUUUCAUACUUAUCAAUAUCACUGCACACAUUGCCUAAGUGUUUAAUGAUAGCUCAAGUCACAGUUUGGAGUUCGUAUUUAUCACUUCCUGUGUGUUAGUACUCAAAUUGCAUGUUUAUGGAAACCCUACUAAACAGCCUCAUGUCACAGAUAAGCGAUCUGUGGGUUCUGACCAGCUCCCUCCCUGCAAUGGUAAUCAUUAAAAUGAGCCCUGUUGACACAAGUCAGACAGACCUGAGGAAUAUUGCCCAAUCUGUGUUUUCUCGCAAGAAGAUAAAGGACCCUCUGGGAAGGCUUCGUGUCAUUGGCCAGGGGAAGAACGGGUUGGAUGACCCCGUGGCUCCCCAGGGCCGAGAUGUAUGACUUUGCACCUAUGUGUGCAGUGGUGUGUGAAGCACCCCAAGCACUCUCAUGGCAGCUGGCCAAGCAAAGGACAGACUCACGUGCCAGCUUGCCGAGCUGAGGACAGUGGUGGUGGACCCCACACUGUUUCACGGCAGGGUCGUCACUCUUAGUUGUACUUUGUCCACAAGAAAGUUGGGGACCCAAGUAAAAUCUUUUGGUUCAGGAAGCAAAACAUGUGCCGAGGAACUUGCUCACCUACAGGCUGUUUUUGGUGCUAUUCUUUGCUAGAAUGGGAACUAGGCCACAGUUGACUCAUCCUCAUACCUGAGCUGCAGUUGAGCCAGUGACCCAGCACCAAUGGCUGCUCUUCACUCCAGUGUGGGAAGGGCUGGAUUCCUACCCAUGCCCAAGGUCCUUCGGGGUACAGUGACCCUUGAUAUGGCUCUGGUAGAAAUUGACAUCACCUGACUUCUAGAGAAUUCCACAGCAAAUAUGGAAUAAACUGUUUUCAAUGGU